UCUGUACAUGGCAAUAACGGCGGUUGCAUCAGCUGCCUCUGAUUCAACACGUUUGGCAGCCAAGACGCAGCCUUUUUUGGGGCUUUCCCUUCUGGCUAGCUGAGAGUGACAGACACGAGGGCGUGUUGCUGUGCGAGUGCGCGUCUCUGCGGCGGUGAGUGGGCGUUCCGGGGAGACAGCUGUAGAGGCUGGACGUGUGGUUCACAGUGGGAAGCAUUCAUGCUACACAUUCUGCUGCAGUGUGUCAUCCCCAGGUCUCGCGCCCACUUUCCUCUGCCGGUCCCUCUCGCUGUGACAUGCGUGCACACAUACGUGCACUCAUUCCGGCUCUCACACACACUCCUCUUUCUCUCCCUCCCCUCCCCCCACCGCUCCCUCCCCGACGGUUCCCACUACAUUCAUUAAGUUGUAUCUGGUUGACGGCUCCGAGUCCUUCCUGCUGCCUUGUGCGCUGACACACAUCCUCACUCCCACCUCGAUUACCUGUCGAAUAAUCGGACGACCGCCUUUCCCAGACGGGCGUGUCGGCGCUUUUGUCCGCCUGAUGCCAUAUUAAAUAUCGAAGUUAAAGGGAGGGGUGCUGUGUGCGUGCAAAAGUCUCCCGUUUUUUUUUGUUCUUGAGGGAGAAGGAAUGUUGGCACGAAGCUCUCCAGCAGGGGAGGAGAAGGUCGGAGUGCUGGAGUGCAGCUCCAGGUUUGUUUCAUUUCAUUUGCUGUGUAAUGAGUCUGGUUUCUGCUGCGAGAGGCAGAGAGAUCUGAAUGAGUUCAAAGUGAAGCCACGGGGCGGGAGGAAGGGAGGGAGAGAGGACAAGAAGCUGGGGAAGAGAAAAGUGUCACCAACUUCUUUUCCCAGUCAGGAAGGGAGAGAAGCAGGAAGAGGUCUGCAAAAGUUCUGUGGAUGACUGUGCGUCUGUGUGUGUGUGUGUGUGUGUGUGUGGGAAUGAUUACAUCAGCCUGCUGGAGCCGUGUGAUUGGCUGCUGAGUGUGUGGUUUGAUUCAGAGCCUGUGGCUGAGGCUGUUACCCUUUGUGAAGGGGGAGAGAGAGAGAGAGAGGGAGGGAGGGAGGGAGGGAGAGAAAGAAAGAUAGUUGUCAGACUCGACCGGCACUGGAAGCUCUGUACAGUACCUGCUCACAUCUGAGCCUUUGGUGGGAGCCAGUGGCCCGGACAGACGGGGCAGGGUCUCCAGAGUAGGUGACAGGUAGCACAACUGUCGCAGCUUGCUGAGAGACAGGCUGUCGUGUGUCGGCGUGUAUGAGCCAAGGCUCCCUCCGAAAAUGCCUUCGUGUUCCCCGGACUGCUGCCUACUGCGCUCCGUGGAGAUUGUGAAGAUCUUCAGUGAAGACGGGAUGGGCAAAGUGGUGGAGAUCCCAGCAGACAUGACGGCGAGAGACCUCUGCCAGCUCCUGGUCUAUAAAAGCCAUUGUGUGGACGACAACAGUUGGGCACUUGUUGAGCACCACCCGCUGCUGGGGCUAGAGCGCUGCCUGGAGGACCAUGAGCUGGUGCUGCAGGUCCAGACCUCCAUGAACAGCGACAGCAGAUUCCUCUUCAGGAAGAACUAUGCCAAAUAUGAAUUCUUCAGAAACCCCCUGACAUUUUUCCCCGAGCACAUGGUGGCGUGGUGUCAGGAAACCAACCGUACCAUUCUUCCGUCGCAGCUGCUGCAGAACUUCCUGGCCACCAACAGCUGCCCUGAAAUCCAGGGCCACCUGUACGUGAAGGAGGUGGGCCGCAAGUCCUGGAAGAAGGUCUACAUGUUCCUGCGGCGCUCCGGACUCUACUGUUCCACCAAAGGGACGUCGAAGGAGCCCCGACAUCUGCAGUUGCUCGCCGACAUCGAGGACAGCAACGUCUUCAGCGCCAUCACAGGCAAGAAGCAGCACGGCGCGCCCACAGACUUCGCCUUCUGCAUCAAGCCCAACAAGUGUCGGGGGGAGCUGAAGGACCUGAGGGUCCUGUGUGCCGAGGACGAGCAGAGCAGGACCUGCUGGAUGACGGCGUUCAGACUCUUCAAGUUUGGGAUUCUUCUGUACCAGAACUACAAGAUUCCUCUGGAAAGAAAAACGCUGCUCUCACACUUCUCUGCUCCGGUGCGGAGCGUUUCUGAAAACUCACUAGUAGCGAUGGACUUCUCAGGAAGAAUAGGCCGAGUGAUCGAGAACCCGGUGGAGGCCCAGAGCGCCGCCAUGGAGGAGGGACACGCCUGGAGGAAGAGAACUCAGCGAAUGAACGUGUUGGGCUCGCACAGUCCGCUCCACCACUCCUCGCUCAACUCAGUCAUCCACCUAACUCAGCUGUGGUUUCAUGGCAGAAUAACCAGAGAAGAAUCCCACCGCAUCGUGCACCAGCAGGGUCAGGUGGACGGGUUGUUCCUGCUCCGAGUCAGUCAGAGUAACCCCAAGGCCUUCGUGCUCACGUUGUGCCAUCACCAGAAGAUCAAACACUUCCAGAUUUUACCGUGUGAAGAGGACGGCCAGAUCUUCUUCAGCCUUGACGACGGCGCCACCAAAUUCACUGACCUGAUUCAGCUGGUGGAGUUCUACCAGCUCAACAGAGGAGUGUUGCCUUGUAAACUCAGACACCCGUGCACCGUGGUGGCCUUAUGACACCCGCGGAGCCGCCCCGCCCUCGGCCCCCCGCCUGAAACAAUCUUUCCUGAGAAGCUGGUGAAGCGGAGACUACUGAGCGGCUGCACAACAGACAGAGGAGCGAACACUGCCGCGUGUGAACCUGAGCGACGGUGGUGGCCAAUAAGCUGGAGGCGGGACGAUCAGCAGGAGCAGGAGCGGGGGCGCUUCCCUGUGGACCACUCUGCUCGUCUCGUCCAGAACCCCCUUCACACUCACGAGUUUUGCACUUAAAGUACGGCGAGACGUCAGGAGGCCUGGGGCUCCAGCCCGGGUCAGUCGUCCGGACGUUCUCACGAGUCCACAUAAGCUACGUGAAGGUGCUCCACGCCACAGUGUUCACUUUCUACCCUUCAGUCGACGUCGUGUUGCUUCCUCCGAACCGUCGCCCCACCAGCUCUGAUGCCAGUGUCGGAGGCCGUGGUUGGAUUUCAGUAUGAACCCACCGUGUUCUGGACCAGAUGAUUCACUUUUAAAACUAAAGUUGCCGUUAAAUUGCUUCUUCCAUCGGUUUUUAGUGUUCGACGUUGAUAAAGGGUUGAGAGAAUUCAUUAACUGCAGAAAAACAAAGCCUCCUUUAAACUAACAGAUUAUUUUUAGGACUAAACUGAAUGAAAUUACUGGUAAAUGAAAGGAUGAAAAAUGAAACUUCUUCAUAAAUAAGUCUGAAGUGAGGACAAGAUCAACCGCUGUGGCUCAGAAGUGGCGUCACUUGAGCCGCAGGACGGCCACUGCUCUCCUCAACUCUCUCCCCCGGUGUCAUACUUGGAACCAGCCACGGCCGUCUUUCAUUGGUCCUGUUGAGCGGCAGCAGGCAGAGGCCCGGACCCCCUGUGCAUGGUCACCGCUAUUUAUCUAAGAUGAUUUUAAAGUAUUGUUUCAGCAAGAAAUGUAUUUAUUUAUCUGGAUGUGACUGAUUACUUGAAAAAAAAUUCUUGUUUCGCUCGCGCUGUUUUUUUUUUUUUCCUUUCGUCCCGUUAAAUCAUGGGAGAUUGUUCACGUGGCGGCGUGUGUUUCGACUGGGACACUUGUGAUGUUUUGUGAGUGUUUCUCAUUCCAAUGGAUGAGGAGUGGGGUUUCUCCACUUGGAAACGCUGCGUUCCUCCAGUGACGCACCAAAACCCUCGCCGUCUGAGAUGCCUUGCCGUAGAAAAUGUCUCCUUUUCAUGCCUUGAUUUUAGAGGUCACGUCUAGUUUGGAUUUGGCGCGGCUGUAGCACCGCACCGGUGAUUGAAGGUGUGUCACGGAUACUAACACGGUGGGUGCGGCAUCAUGCACAUUUUUCCUCCUUCGCUGCCGCUGAAAGUCGUCGUAAGCUGUUGAGAAGUCACUGAAGUCGCCCCCCCCGCCACCCACUCAGAACUAAACUUGAAUGCUGGAGGGCGGCAGCGCGGCGUUCUGUCCAACCGAGUCGCGACCACGUGAAGAUCUGAGGGUGGCCAUGUUUGUACUCUUAGCAGAAAUGAAUGUAACUGGGCUGCUCAGGGUCGACGCGCAGGGCGACACCACGUUUCAGCUCAGUCAUUCAUCAGUUUUGGGGGCGUGAAAAUGGAGUCGGACAGGUGACGGCGGUCGACGGACGGCGCAAAGUAUCUAUAUAUCAACUUCAGGGAUCGCAAAAAAGAAAGCGGCCGCUCGUCUCUCUGUGUGAAGAGAGGGGGCGCUGUGUUCAUGACGUGCUUUGCUCCGGUCUGUAAAUAGUUGAACGGCUUAUAAAUAUUAAUGUAACCUUUUCAGGUAUUUUUGUACAAAUAAGGGACUGAUAUAUUCUGUAUAUUGUAAUUAGAAUAAAACAUUAAUACAUUGAUAUAAAA